AAUGUCAGCAAUUGUCCUCUCCCUCUACCACUACCUACUAAUUUGCAAGACAAUGUGUAGUAUAAUUAUAUAAAGUUACACCGGGGCUUGAAUUGUAACAGUAAGAAUUUGCAAAGAAUGAAAACGACUGGGUGCUCGCCAGGAAUCGGUAACUUAAACGAGCUUGGAAAUGAACAAUAAGUCAAUAUUAAGCGAUGAACAGGAGUUAAUUAAAUGGGACGAAUACUGUUUAAACAGAAGAAGUAAUACCUCCGAAGUUAAGGAGCUCUUUUAAAUACAGUUUACGUGCCGCAAAAACGUGUCAGCGUCCUUGCGCCAUCCGAAAUGUCAAUCAAAAUCACUGGAUGUAUUAUUAAGCAUCAGGCAGGCAUUCGCACGGUGACGUGAUUCAAUAACCACAAGACCGCACCCUUUGCACUUGAAACGACGAGCAGUAUGGCGGAAAAUUCAGAUACGGCAGUUGCCGAGACCGACGAUUCCCAAGGACGGUCACCGUCUUACGCGAUCUUGCUUGUUCGCCAUGCGGAAACAGAGCAUAACGUAAAGGGCAUACGUGCAGGAUCUGGGAUUGACAGCGAACUCACCGUUCACGGAGCAAACCAAGCCCAGGCCCUAGCGAGUAGUCUACAACACCGCAAUGUCAUCGCUGUGUAUUCAUCCCCAAUGAAACGUGCAAUACGGACAGCGAAGCCUGUUGCUGACGCAUGUAAUGCGCCCUUAAACAUUAAAGACUGCUUAAGGGAGAAACACCUAGGUACACUGGAGGGCGUAUCAUUCCGCGAAUCUACAUCUUCACGGUCACUGGAUUCACAUUUCAAAGUUGAAGGCUUAGAGUCGCGGUCACAGCUCCUUGAACGUGCUCAGCAGUUUACUUCGCUGCUUUUUGAGCAUAUUACGUCUCUUGAGCGAGAUAUUAGUGCGGAGUCAGAUGUGCCGUCGCUAGUCAUAGUUUCACAUGGUCUGUUUCUCCCGUUCUUGCUGCGAGCUAUCUUGGCAAAAUUACGUUCUCCGCUGCCAGGUAAAGUCUCUCCAUGGUUAAAUGCUUCCUACACGAACAUAACAGUGUUCAAUGACCACUCUGCGCUGGUAGAAAUGAACAGGUCUAACCACCUAAGAAAAGUCAAACGGACUCGACGCAUUGGUUCCAGCAAGCACGAUCCCAGACAAACAACUCUCCAGUUCUGCCGGAAGCUGGAUGACUAAUGGAUGAAAUUUCGGCUUAAAAAUACGACUUACGGAGGCCGCUUUGUCUUUACUGGACAACAGAUCAAUCAUUUUGGUGAUUUUUGAUUCUUAACAAAAAAAGUACAAUCUAUGUUUUAUUGCUACAUAUUCGGAAAAUCAAAUCCUUUUGAUCAUUCCCGAUACUCGUCCUCAUCUUCUGCAGCCUGUCCCAUUUCAGCAUCGUCAUUGUCGUCAUAAUCCCCGUCAACCGCUGCGGAGCCAUAAUCCGAGCCUUGCAGCAACUGCCGUUGAGAUUCUUCGAGAUGUUGCUCUCGUAGUUGUAACUCUUCUGCCUCAUAAGUUUUGAGAGCAUUCCGUUCGAUCAGGUCGUUAAUUUUUUGACGCAUCACUUCCUCCAUACGAUUGGCGUCAUUGUACACCUCAGAGUGCUCUUCAUUAUAAGUGCGUGCGUUACUAAACAUUAACAUGAAGUCGUCAACCAACUCUUGGAGGUUCCUAUACCGAAGACUGCUAAUCUUCCGUUUAAUUUUAUCGAGUGAGAUGGGGUUUUUAAUGAUGACAUAGUAGUCCGGGUACAGCUUUUUGCUGGGAAUGUGAAGGAAUAGAGCAUUGAUGGGCCGUCCGUCAGUGUCUUGUAGAUUGUAGACGGCCUGGUAUAGCUCCAUCGCGCAUCGCUUCAAUGCCGCUCGGAGACAUUCCUGUUCAAUGUCUGCCUUCGACAUUGUGUGGUAAUUCGGUGAAGCAAAGUCGUCAUCAUCCUCAUCAUAAGCACUCGUACCCCGAGUGUGCCGUUUCCUUAAACGCUUGCUUCGUUCAGAAUACAGAUAAUCCUCCUCAUUUAAUUCCUCCAAGGUGGGCUCAGCAUAACUGAUUGAUGCCCGACGACGUUUAUGGUUCAUAAGAAUAGCACGGUUUUCUUCUUCUGCAGCAGCGGCUGCUAGAGUAUCAACAUCAACACGAUAAAUUUCAGGCAGUUCAUCUUCUGAAAGCAGACGAGGUAAUGGUUUGCCCUUGCCAUAAGCAUCUUCUUGUUGACGUUGCUGAUCAAUCUCACGGAAUAUUUUCAGCUCCUCUUCGUUUCUGGAGAUAAGUUCAUUAAGCUCAUCAUCCUCAAACUUUCCAUGAUUUUCGUUCGCUUGAUCAUCCCCGUUCUCGUGUUCCAAAAGUGAACGAAGGAAUGCUUCACGCUCCUCCGGCGUAGACUUAUUGUCAAACUUUCCGGCUUGGAUAACCUUGCCGUCCAAAUCGAGCUUGUACUGCGCACGAGCAAGAAUAUUUUCCUCAAUUGACUUAUCAGUAAUGAGACGGAGAAUACGAACCUCUUUCGUUUGUCCGAUUCGGUGAGCACGGUCUUGAGCUUGAAGAUCUUGAUGAGGGUUCCAAUCGGUAUCAAAAAUAAUGACGGUAUCAGCAGUUUGCAGAUUCAAACCAAGACCUCCUGCCCGAGUACUAAGAAGAAACACAUAGAUAUCAGAAUUGCGAUCGUUAAAAUCAGCUAGCAAGGCCGAACGAUCUUCGGCUUUUGUAGAACCAUCUAACCGAAGGUAUUUCCAGUUUCUGUAGCGUAAGUAAUCUUCCAUAAUACUCAUGAUUUGUGUCAUCUGGAAGAAAAUUAACGUCCUAUGACCAGUUCUAAAAAGUUUUGGCAGUACCCUAUCGAGUAGUUCGAACUUUCCAGCAGCACGCCAAAGCAGGUCGUAGUUGGUGCCUUCAGGAUCGAUAGCCUGCUCUACUUCCUCGAAAACGAAUGGAUGAUUGCAGAUCUUUUUAAGUUGCAUAACGGUAUUUUGUAGACCUUUCAUGCCCGUGCGACCCUUCUCACCAUCGGCAACAAACAAAAUUCCAUGUUUUUUCAUUUGCUGAUACAAACGGAGUUGCAGUGCCGAGAGUGGACACUUGAUGACCUUUUCAAUCUUGUCUGGUAACUCUUUUUCAACAUCUUUCUUCAACCGCCGAAGCAAGAAAGGCCGAAGCACUUUAUGGAGACGCUUGAUGACCAGCAGCGACUCUUCUUCGGACAAUUCCAUCUUGUCUUGGCCACCCGCAUUAGCGAACGGAGUAUUAAACCACUCAUCAAAACUCUUGAUGGAGUUGAAGAUUUUUGGAAGAACGAAAUUCAGUAGAGCCCAAAGCUCAGGCAAGUUAUUUUGCAGAGGCGUUCCUGUAAGGAUGAGGCGGUAUCGAGAAUAAUAAUAUGUCGUCAAUGUGUUUGUCAGUUUGGACUGUGUGUUUUUCAUACGAUGACCCUCAUCAAUAAUCAUGUGCAGCCAGCGAACUUUAGACAGCACCGGCCGAUCUUUGAUUACAUAUUCAAAUGUUGUCAACAGCACCUGAAAAUCGCCUGACCUGACUCGUGCCUGUAACGAUUUCCGCACCUGGGGAGGUCCCUUGUAAGCGAUAAUUUUAACGGACGGGGCCCACUUUUCAAACUCCAAGCUCCAAUUUGUUAAAGUAGACAAGGGGACGAUAAUGAGAAAAGGCCCCUGCUCGUUUUUCCUUUCCAAUAAGUACGUAAUGAAGGAUAUUGUUUGAAUGGUUUUACCCAAACCCAUCUCAUCGGCUAAAAUACCGUUGAGAUUAUUGUUAUAAAGGGAAAGCAUCCAUUGAAGGCCCUUUAACUGGUAUUCUUUCAAUGUUCCACC